AAUCCCACUUGCACCAUUUGCAUAGUACAUUUCACAAUUCAUUAAGACAGUGACGACCCAAUCAAAGCAAACAAAAUAAAAAAACGCCACAAUGUUGCUUACUCUCCAACAACAACCGUAACCCUCUCGGAAUCUCUCCCCCCGCCGGACCACCACCCAUGGAUAUACCGCCGAUCAUGCACGAUAGUGACCGUUACGACUUCGUUCGUGAUAUCGGAUCGGGGAAUUUCGGCGUCGCCAGACUCAUGACUGAUAAACUCACCAAAGAGCUUGUUGCUGUCAAGUAUAUCGAACGCGGAGAUAAGAUUGAUGAAAAUGUGAAGAGAGAAAUAAUCAAUCACAGGUCUCUAAGACAUCCUAAUAUUAUCAGGUUUAAGGAGGUCAUUUUAACACCUACUCAUCUGGCCAUUGUAAUGGAAUAUGCAUCUGGAGGAGAAAUGUUUGAACGAAUCAGCAAAGCAGGGCGUUUUACUGAGGAUGAGGCUCGCUUCUUCUUUCAACAACUCAUAUCCGGGGUCAGCUAUUGUCAUUCAAUGCAAGUAUGUCAUCGAGAUCUGAAGUUGGAAAACACGUUGUUGGAUGGAGACCCGGCACUUCAUCUGAAGAUUUGUGAUUUUGGAUACUCCAAAUCUUCGGUGCUUCAUUCACAGCCAAAGUCAACUGUGGGAACUCCUGCUUAUAUUGCUCCAGAAGUACUUCUGAAGCAAGAGUAUGAUGGAAAGAUUGCCGAUGUCUGGUCAUGUGGUGUAACCUUAUACGUGAUGCUAGUGGGGUCAUAUCCUUUUGAAGAUCCCGAUAAUCCGAAGGAUUUCCGGAAGACAAUUCAGAGGGUUCUCAGCGUCCAGUAUUCCGUACCAGACUUUGUUCAAAUAUCUCCUGAAUGUCGCGACAUUAUAUCAAGAAUCUUUGUUUUCGACCCUGCAGAGAGAAUCACCAUUCCAGAGAUAAUGAAAAAUGAAUGGUUUCGAAAGAAUCUUCCCGCUGACUUGGUGAAUGAAAAUAUAACAGAUAACCAAUUUGAAGAACCGGAUCAGCCUAUGCAGAGUAUGGAUACGAUCAUGCAGAUAAUUUCAGAAGCUACCGUACCAGCAGUUGGGAGCUGUUAUAUAGACCAAUUUAUGCCUGAUAACCCUGAUACGGAUGAUGAUAUGGGCGAAAUAGACUCUGACUAUGAACUUGAUGUAGAUAGCAGUGGUGAGAUUGUAUAUGCCAUAUAAUUUAAUCAUCAUAGUGGUCACAUUGAAAAGGAAGCACCUUAAAUAUUGAGCUUUAUGGCCUUCUCAGCCUCACAGCUAGAAAAAAAUAUUCGGAGACUAUUUCUCAUGCAGACUCGAUGAUGCACGAAGUUCAUCAUGUUGAUUUAUAUAUUGUAUGCUCUUUCGGAACAUCCAAUGUCCACACCAUUUAUAUGUAUCACUUUUGUGAGUCGAGCAACGUGUUUUCUACUACUAUGAUUUAGGGUGUAUAAUGACAUUUUUUUAGAACGUGGAAUGGCAUAAUAUGAGCAAGAGAAGAUAUCUACCUUGUGUGGUAUAUCUUAUUCCUGUCUGCUAUCUUUAGUUCUUUGCGAA